ACUUAUAAGUGGCUAAAAAUCUGGCAUAGCGUAAAAAGAAAAAUACAAACAAAUGGGGGCCCUGUCACUUUGGUUGGGGGAUGUUUAAAGACUCUUUAGAAGUAAAAUAAAAAGAAAAGAUGCGAUUUAUAAUCUAGAAUUAGUUAACUAUAACUGCCUGGAUUUAAUUAUUAAAGAAUACACGUAAGUUUAAAUGAUAAAAAAAAAUUAAAAUACGAAAUGCGCUAAGAAAUAAUAUACGCACCUGAACUGAAACUGCACUUACAAUUUACAAGGCAACAAUGCUUAACUAUAGUAUAGGCUAUAGGGUGCCAGGGUAUUUCGAGAUCGGACAUCUUUUGUUAAUUUACCGGUAAUUAUCAUAAAUUUAAUUCCUUACUACAAGUAAUUACUAGUAUACUAGUUGUUGACUGUUUACCCAGGCUAUAUACUAAAUUAAAAUUCUCUACUUAAUAAUGAGUCUCUGUUGUUGUUUUUUGUUUUGUUUUUUUUUGUGUUUAGCUACGACGUGUACCAUGAGCACAAAACAACAAAUUCAAAUUGACUUAAACUUAAAAAUUUAAACUUGCUUGGUAUUUUUUUUAGACUCUACUAGCUAGCGCAAACUUAUAUAUAUAUUCUCUCUUCAGUAAUUUUCAAAAUUCACGUAUUAAAAUUUAAAUUACAACAAAUGAGAAAAGUAAAAGGCAGGAAAAUGCAAAAUAAAUAGUGAGUGAAUGCAAAUUAGAUUAUUUUAAAAAAAAAAAAAAAAACGGAUUUAAGACUGUACGUAACUUUGAAUUCAGUUUAACUUUAAAUUUAAAGAAUCAUAGAAUGCCCUUGAAAAUCACAUACAAAAAAGUAAAAAGAAGGAAAAUGAAAAAAAAAUAGUGAGUGAAUGUAAAUUAUAUUUUUUUAAAAAAAAAAAAAAAAACGGAUUUAAGACUGUACGUAACUUUGAAUUCAGUUUAACUUUAAAUUUAAAGAAUCAUAGAAUGCCCUUGAAAAUCACAUACAAGUAAUGUAGAUAAUAAUAAGAAAAAUACUCUCCAGAAAAACAAAAAUUUCAUGCACUGAUCACAGUAAAAUUAAAAUAAUCUCUUUGAACUUAUAAAAUGCAAUUUUGUGCACACAUCAAGUGCAAAGAAUUAGUUUUACCUCUCCCUAUCUAUUGUUAAAAGGAUGUCAUUAAUCUAUCAGUGGACAUAAAAAUAAAUACAUAAUAAAUUAUUUUUAAUUUUUUUUUGUGGGGUAAGGCAUAACAUAAGCUUUGAUGAAGUGAAGUGACAAUGGAAGGAUUAAGCAGGAAUGGUGGGAGUUAAGAGGAGGUUUAAGGGAGACUUGGAGCUGUGGAGAUGUAGAGGAAUAUGGACGAGGAUAGCUGGGAAGGAUGAGGGAGGAAAUGUUAUAAUAAAUUAAUGUUUCUAUUAAUCAUCAAUGGUCUUGCAACUAGUUUACUAAGUUUACCAUAUAGAUUAUCAAUUUACAAUUUAUGCACUUCUAACAGGGCUAAGUUAAGUUGACUGCCAGUUUAGAUAGUUUCCCAUUCACCAAAAAGUGUAAAUGGCAAGUAACACAGAAAAAGAAAAAGAUGAACUAGAACAGAUUAUUGUUCCAUUAGAAAGCCUUCGAGGAUUUGCUGUCAGAUGCUUAGAAAAUGUUGGUGCUCGACCUGAACAUGCAGAAGUAAUGGCAGAACUAAUAGUCUCUGCUGAUCAUCGUGGCCACUAUAGUCAUGGAAUUAAUAGGAUAGGUAAGUAAAGUUAAAUUCAUAAUGGGGUAUAUGAAUUUUUAUUAGCCUCUGACCUCUUGGGAAGUUUAUUCAAGCCUGUGGACCCCUAAAUUCCAAAAUUUAUUUUGAAUUUAUUUUUAAAAACUAUUUUUCCUUAAUGGCACAUGAAUUCUUAGACUGUCAUCCAUGAAAUGACAAAUGAGAUAAAUAAUAACCACAUGAAAUGGUGAUGAGUUUCCAAAAGUUUAAUUCCUUUAGAGCAAAAUAGUGCAUAACAAACUAACAAACUGUUUGUUUUAUGAUUUCUCUAUGAAUUUCAGAACUUUACCUCAUUGACCUGAAAAAUGGCCAUACAUCAUUAGACAAAGAACCUGAAAUUAUACAACAGACACCAGCAACUGCACUUGUUGAUGGCAAUAACUGCCUUGGUGAGUAGGUAUACUGGUUAUACCAGUAAUCAACAAUUAUAUGAAAGAUUAUUUUACUGCAAUGUAAUUGGAAAUAAAUGUCUUGGAAGAAAAAUAACUUUUUUCUUACAAUAAAACCCUUAAAUAAUAUUCCCAUUAAUUAUAUCAGGUAACUAUGUAAAACAGUGGUUUUCAAACAAGAAGCAGCCUAAGGUAUCUCAAUAAUCCCCUAAGGGGGUCAAGAAAUAAUUCUUAAAUUUGACAUAUGGCACUCAUCAGAUAUAUGAAAACUUAUUAUUUGUUGUAGUUUUAAUUUAAAAAUAAGCUGAAUGGGAAAAGAAGGGAGGGGGCGCAAUGUAAAUAAAUUAAGUUGUUAAUGGUGCCCCCAUUAGAAAAGGUUGAAAACCACUGAUGGUAGAUCAUAAUCUUUCUUAGGACUUAAACUAUAAGGCAGUUGUUCUAAUAAAUGUUCCUGUAACGUAACACAAGUAACUUUUUUAUUAUUUUUUUUUUUUGCAGGGCCAGUGGUCGGCAAGUAUUGUAUGGAUAUUGCUAUUGAAAAAGCUAAGAAAGUUGGAAUUGGCUGGGUUUGUGCUAAAAGUAACUAAUCAGUAUUAAUUUCUUGUUACGGGUUCAAGAAAAAUGAACCAAUUUUUUAAUGCUUGAAAUGAGAUCACAGAUUUUAACCUGGGCCUCAUUUUUGUUAAGAAUAAUAAUUUUAAAAAAUAACUUGGAAAAAAAAAAAUUUUCAGUCAAGCAAUAUUUUAUCUGUCCAGAAUAAAUUUAUGACAAAUUCCAAAAUGUAUUCUUUUAAUGGGACUGAGGAUUAACAUUUAAAUUUAAGCUGUACUUGUAGUUAUCAAAACUUAAUGUAAUUGAAGGGACAAAUAUCAUCCACUUAUUUUUCAUUUAAGAGUCAAAUCAUUUUGGAAUAGCUGGAUGGUACAGUCUCAGAGCAAUGGAGCAAGGACUUAUAGUAAGAAUUUUCAAUAUUGUAAUUUGAAAACUCAAAUAUAAAACUUAAUAUUGCAGAUUAUUAAAUACUUUUUAUUUAUUUUCCAUCUGCUAUGACUUUUUCUGGACUAAUAAAUAAAAGUGUGACAAUUUUUAUAUUUAAUCUAUCCUGACUUAUGUGUCAUUAACUUAUCUAUAAAUAGAUUUUUAUUGAAUACUAGUUAUGCAAAACAAAAUAAUAUAUCAGCCUACUUGGUUGACAAUUUCCUUAAAGAUCAUUUCAAAUUUUAUUUCUCAGGGAAUGGCAUUUUGCAAUACAUCACCUAAUAUGAUCCACACAAGAUCUAAAAUGGUAUUUCAUUAAAAUAUUUGUUAAUAUGUGUUAAUAUUUAUGAACUGCUUAAUCUUAAUCAUUAGUUAUUUAUUUAUGGGUAUGCUUUGUUUUUAUAUUUGCUUAAAAAAUUUGCACAUAGGGCAUAUUAAUAGUUUUACAAAGUCUUUGUUUAAAAAAAAUUAGACCAAUAAUAUUAAUAUGCUGUUCAGAUUUUCAUGAAUAUUAACUUUUUAUUUAUAAGUUUUUAAAUUUAUAAUUUACAUUUUUUUAAUGAAAUAUUUUAAUGACGUUUUUUAAUAGAUAUUUUUCUGGAAAUGCAUUUGAUUAUCUCCUUAAGAAAUUUCCCUACAGAGAACCCUUGGUACAAACCCAAUAUCAGUGGCUGCUAAAGGGAACAACAAUGAGGAAUUUGUUCUUGAUAUGGCUACAACAACUGUUGCACAGGGCAAGGUUAUUACUUCUUACAUUGAUUUUUAUGAGAUUUGAAAGUUGUUUGUAAAUGAAUACAUUUAAACCUGAUGCAGUAAACUAUAUUUUGUUAGAUGUGAUUCAAGCUUUAAAAAAAAAAAAAAGAAUUUUCUUUUUUAAAUGACCAUCUAAAAAAGCAAAUAGCCCUAAUGACACAUUUUUGUUUCUUACACAGGUUGAGAUAAAACAUCGAUUAAGUCAAAGCUUGCCUGAAGGAUGGGCCGUAGAUAGAAAUGGAAAAGUAAUUUUAAAUAAUUGUAUUUAUUGGAACCCUUUUUAUUUAGGAGGACAAUUAUUCACUGUUUAUCCAGAUAAUUUGUACAUUUUUUUUUUAAAUGGGUGAGUUAUGUUUUGUUUUUUCUUCAAACAAGAAAUAUAGAAAUGUAAAAUUGUAAACUAAAUAAUACUGGGUUUUUAUCCACUGAAAAUUUUCUAACCAAACCCCAUAUCAUUAGUAAAAAUUCAAUUCAUCAUAUUAAGAUUACAAAUCAGUAAAUGAAUUGAAACCAAAGAAAUAUUUAAAAAUUAUGCUAGGUAUUUUUAGGGGAUUGAGUUAUGGGUAGUGGCACCCUAAUACAAGCAUCCUGCAUUUUGUUUUGAAUACAUGUUUUAAUUAAGAUAUUACUUUUUUAAUAAUUAAAUUGAUUGUUAAUAUUAUUAUUCAGUCAUUUUUUUAAAACUAAGGGGCCAUCCCUAAAUGAUGUCAUGCUGUUUUGGCCAAUUUCUUAAACAUGCAUCUUUAUCUUUUCUUUAUCACAAAAUUAAGACACCCUCAUAAUGUAUUGUAACAAAUUUGUGACCCCCCCCACAUGCAUGACAUCAUUUAUGGAUGGCCGCUAAAUGUACUUAAUUUCAUAAUAGUCUUGCACUGACACACAAGAAGUUCUCUAUCAUGGUGGACUAACUCCAUUAGGAGGUUUUGAAGAAACCAGUAAGCAGAUAUCUUUGGUUAUAAGACUUUCAAACUAUUUUAGUCUAAAUUUCAGAUAGUAACUUGUCAAAAGGUAUAGCUUUGGAUUCAUAUCAUAAUAAACUAUUUAAUGUAGACAUUUGCAACUUGCUCAGUCUAAGGGCCAAUCACUUAGUUUAGAAGUUUGGGGGCAGGCUAAACUAAAAAAACAUUUCUUUUGUACAUUACAACUACUGUAGCUUAGAGGAUAUUAUUCUUUAAAGUUUUAGGUUUGUGUCAUUACCUAAGUUUAAUUACGUAUAAUCAAUAAAUGUCAUUAUCACUUCAAUUAGUUAAUUAAAAAAGACAUUAUUUGCAUCAAUAAAAACAACUUCAGUAAGGCAUAGUUCAUAUCUAAAGUAAUGAAUUUAAAAAUCAGGGCUACAUGAGAUACUGAUAGACUUAGUAAGUUUCUGCUUUUCUUGUUCAUGAUGUUCACUUGAAAAAGAUGUUUUUAGUAAAAAGUUGGCCAAAAAAAACAGAAGCUUGCAAUAGUUUGAAGAUUUAAAACACAAAUUGGUGGUAUCUAAGAGUAGAAAAAUUAUAUGCACUAAGAAUUGGAUUGAUGAAUCCAUCAUCAGAAAGGACUUUGGAGUUUAAAGUCAUUUAAUGGCUUAAGGGACAACCCAUGGUCUAUAUUUUCAAACACCGGUCCCUAUGCAUGUACAAAUGAUGUCUCUUACUUCUUGUGAUGUCUGAUUGAAUUGUAUUUGGAAGGUUUGACUCUAAAUAAAAUAAAAGCAAUAGGUGAACAUUAUAUUACAGUACCGGUACCAUUUAAGCAUUUUAUUUUGCAUUAAUCUCGGUCCAUUAAUUGUGGUUAUUUUUUAGGGGAAAGCUGUAAAGUUAUCAACAUCAUUUUAUUCUGCAUAUUUCAAUAGGUGGUUACAAAGGUUAUGGACUUGGCUUUAUGGUGGAGUUAUUUUGUGGCAUUCUGAGUGGCUCAAACUUUGGUAGCAAUGUUAGGGAUUGGACUGAACACAGUUCUUUUGCUGAUCUGGUGAGUAAUGUACAUUUUUAAUUUAACAUGGAAUUCAUAAAAUAGUGCCUUUCUUGACAUUUAGGAAAUAACAAAUAUAUUUAAUUCAUUGCAUUUGUUAAAAACUUUAGGCAAUAUAACUUGAAGGUUCUGUAAAGUUUACGGCAUUGUUAGGCUAAUUAGCAAAGUGUUUCGUAAAUCAGGUUUGUCAACCAUACAUCUGUAAUUGUAAAAAUUUUAGCUAAGACUUUCGCCUGCAUUGAAUAUUAUUUCUAGGGUCAGUGUUUUGCUGCAAUUGAUCCAAAAGCUUUUGCACCAGGUUUUGAAGACAGGUUAUCAUCAUUGAUUCACCAGUGUCGAGACCAGGAGCCUGUAAGUUUCCUAUUUACAAAAAAAUUUCUAAACACAGCUGUGUUAUAUCUUUAGUUAAAUUCUAUUUAAAGAUAUGAAUGCUGCAUAAAUGGUUCUAUUCGUCAUCUGUAAUAGUAAAAUAUAAUAAAAUAGUUGGUUUGAAUUAAUCAAAUAUCUACCAAGGUUGUUGCUAUAAUUGCGGUAGAUUUAUCAUGACAAUUAAUAAAGUAUUAAAACACUUAACUCAAAAUAAGCUUUAUUCAAUUGGAAGAUGAUCCACUUUUUUUUUUUAAAUAAAUAAGUGAAAGAAGGCUUUUCUCAACAAAAAUUUCAUAUUAACAACAUAAUUUUGAGGUUUUUUAAUGCAUGGAAAAAAACAUGACUAAUGUCACACUCACACAUGAUCAAUCGCCCUCUCCACCUGUCACAAACUAACACAUGUUCUUAGACUCACUUCCCCCAGGAGCAUGGCGUAGGCUACUUUAGAUACUACUCAUAACUUAACAGAUUUUAGCAAGAAACCUUUUAGGAAAUAACUUAUGUACACAUCACAUAAAUUGUACACUUGCCCAAACCCCCUCCCCUCAGUGGUUUGAGACCCUGGCUAAUACAUUUGUUGAAGCCCUUUUGACUAUGGCCCUUUUGUUGGAAACCCUUGUCACAAGACUGAGCUGUCACAGGCCGAUAUGUUGGGGCCAAUUUGUCACAGCCGUUUUGACGUGAUAAACUUGAUAAACUCUAGCAUGUCAAUAGUUUACAACUUUAUUCAAAUGAAACCCUUAAAACAUAAAAGCUUCUAAUGAUGUUAAAGAAUCCAAUAAAUGUUUUAGAUUGUUUAUGUAUUUGUGAAUCAUUUGGGCAAUGGGCAUCAUACACUAAAAAGUCUGUUUGUGUGUUUGGUUGGGGGGGGGGGGACUACAAUUUUAGUUUAGUAACUUAACAUUUAUAUCAUUUAAGAUAAGAUAAGAUUCUUUUAUAGACACAAAUAAAUGGAACUGGGUUAAGAUUACAUUGUACAAUAUUCAUUUUCAGCAUUUAGAUAAAUAUUCUUAUUAAGAUAAUUUUUUUUUUAAAGACAAUUUAAACACAAGACAUUUAGAUUUUUAAGUAUUUCUCAACUGCAAAAUGAACUACAUGUGAAAUAUUUUUGUUACAGGCUGAAGGAGAAUCAGAAAUUUUAGUACCUGGUGACCCUGAAAAGAGGCACAUGGAUUUGUGUGAAAAACUUGGGGGUAUUCCAUAUCAUCCAAAACAAAUUGAAUUUGCAGUAAGUCCAGUUAAAUCACUUAAGAAACAUUCUUGUCAGUUUUGUUUUAGAAAACAUUUUUUUUAGUUUAACAUAUUUAUUUCAGAUAUUUGCUUGAUUACAUAAGAUUUGUGAAAUCUUGAAUUUCUUUCUCUCUCUCAGGAUCAUAUUGCACAGAAAUACGAUACAGAACCUUUAUCAAGAAUUUAAUAUUGCAUCUAAUCCUUGUACUGAUGAGUUUUGGAAAGAAAUAACUCAAGUCUUAUUUAAAGAGGAAAAGUCACUUGUAACCUUUAUGAUGAUGAUUAUUUAUGUAUUCUACUCAUUUAUUCAGAAAUUUAUUUAAAGUAGCAUUUUGAGUAACUUUUUAGGCUUAAAAACAGCUCUAUAGCCUACAGCGUGUCCAGAACUUUUGCUGAUGGUAUUAUAUUCCACUAAAAUGCUUGUUAUUAAAUUCAUUAUCUAUUCAGAUUUUACUUCAUAUUUUGAAAGUUGUGUUUUACAUUUUCUAAACUUGUAAGCAUUUUGUUGUUGAAAAUCUGAAAAUAAUAAAUAAACUAUAUCACUGUUA